UCUUCCUCAAACCUUCUCCACUUUCUCCUUUCUAUAUUACUCUUAAUAAUUCCCCUUUCAUACCCUAUUUCUCCUCCUCCUCCUCCUUCGUCUUCGUCAUCGUCAUAUCACAAAAAAAAAAUAAAUCUCAAAAAAUUCUUUCUACCAUGGAAUUCUACAAUAACCUAGAAGACUACUCGAAGAGUUCGUCGAGCGAAGAAACCGACCGGUCGUCGUACGAGCAAGCCGGCGAUCAUCAAGAGAUGGGAACAGGAAGAUCCUAUGAGUGUGUGUUUUGCAAGAGGGGAUUCACCACAGCACAAGCUUUGGGUGGACACAUGAACAUUCAUAGAAAAGAUAGAGCCAAUAACAAAGCCAAAAUUCCAGCUUCUAGUUCAAGCAAGGUUGAUGAUGAGAACUACUAUGCAGAUCUAGGGCACUAUUCAUCACCAAUUCCAAGCUAUCUUGCAAGAAAUGGAAAUUAUCAUGAGGAAGCAAGAUUUGGAUAGCUUUGGAGCUAGGCUUCUUCAAGAUGAAAAUUAUUGAGGUGGGUUUUCUUGAGAUUUUGAUGAUGAAGAAGGUACUAAUUAUAAUUAUAUAUGUAUAUGUUUUCUAUUGAAAACACUUGCCCUAAAUAAUCACUUUAUAUAAUGUAUUUAAUCAUUUAGGGUUGUAGUUGAACUUCUUAGUUAUGCAAAUGUUUCUUUUGAUUUGCUAGUUGUACUUGUUGUGUAAGUAGCUUUCUGCUUUUGCAAUGAAAAUUAGGUUAAUUAUGUAUAUGUAUUUAUGAUUUUGUUUUUAAAUAAAUUAAU